AUGAAAAAAGUGCUUAAACACUUCCCAUUUAAUAAAACCGAUGAUAAUAAAUUACCAACAAUAUCAAUUGAUUCUUCUACACGUUUUCAAACAAUAAUCGGUUUUGGCGGGGCUUUUACAGAUUCUGUUGGAUUGAAUUUAAAUUCUUUAAGUGCUACAACUAGGGAAGGCCUUAUUAAAAAUUAUUUUCAUCCUGAGGAGGGAAUUGGGUAUUCUAUUGGAAGGGUGCCUAUUGCUAGUACUGAUUUCUCGACGAGAGAAUAUUCUUAUGUUGAACAAGAAGGGGAUUUUGAAUUGAAAACAUUUUCUUUGGCAAAAGAAGAUUUUGAAUAUAAGGCUAGUUUUGAAAUCCCUUACAUAAAAAUGGCAAAUCGCUACAGAAUAGGGCAGCCCUUCAGACUUUUAGCCGCCCCAUGGGCAUCACCUGGAUGGAUGAAAACUAAUGGGAAAAUGAAUGGAGAUGGUGAAUUAAAAGGAGAUUUAAAUGGACCUUAUUACCAGUCCUAUGCUAAAUAUUUGAAAAAAUUUUUUGACGAAUAUCACGCAAAUGGAAUUGAUUUUUGGGCUUUAACCAUUCAAAAUCAGCCAGAGAGUGGUUUAGAAAAAGAUUUUCCUUUCCAAACAAUGUUUAUGAGUAAUCGAACACAGAGGUAUUUUAAUAUAAAUGGGAUCAUUUUCAGAAAUUUUUAG